AUGAGCGACUGUUGUGAUAAUUACGGGAUGUAUACCACGUGGUAUAGCCGGGGGGAGGGGGGAAUGCAUCACCACCAGAUGGGUCAGCUAUACCAUGGACCCCCCAUGAUUAAGACUGAAGCUGGAGUUAAUAGUGACUGUAUGAUGGCAGUGGAUUAUGCGCCUCCUAUUAAGCCAUCAAUGUUCAUUUUAAUCCAAGAUGGAAGUUUUGAAAGCUUUAACGCAUCCCCGCACUACAGAGGACGAGUGUUUACGGGACUCACUCCAGGACCCUCCACAUCUCAGGAACCGGGUAAGCAAAACCCACCGAAGCCACCUCGGGCGCCAAACUGCCGCAUAAGAGAUUCACCUUUGCAUUCUUGGAGGCGAUGA